AUGAACGACCCUUUCGCAGAGAUCGAGGGCCGCUGGAGGGAAGCCAGCAGCAAGGCCCCCAGCAGCUUAAACAGCCAGCUGCCCCACUCAAACGAACACCUCCUCAACCAGCUCGGCCACUUCUCCUUCUCAAACAACCCACACCCAGCCGAGGCCCCCAAGCACGCCCACCCCAGCUUCAACCCACCCCUGUCGAUGAACCUGCUCAGCAUGCGAAGAGCCGACCACCAGCCCCCGCUCUUCCGCCCGCCAUCCUCCGCCUCCGCAAACAAGAACUCCUUCUCCUCCACCGACCUCGCCCUCGACCAUCUCCCCCGCACCAGGCUCUCCAGCUUCUCCACCGAACUCGAGCCCAUCUCUGUGCCGAGCGAGCUGACGGAGACGUUCCCGUAUGAAUACGGGCCCAAAGAGGUGCUCCCGGACGUCUUCCUGGGCUCGGAACAGAACGCACGCGACGGCAACCUGCUCUCGUCCAUGGGCUUCGGGCUGAUCAUCAAUGUGGCCAAGGAGGUCGAGUGUCCCUGGGAGCCCACCUCGUCCCCCGCGCCCAUCGAGCACCUCUGGCCCACGCCCCUCCAGCAGCAGCAGCAGCCCAGGAAACGCGGCCUGAUGGUCCGCCCGACGGCCUCGACCCCCAAUCUGAAGCGCUCCUUCGAGGGCAAGAUCCGCGCUGGAGCCGGGCGCGGCCCCGACGCGGCCGGCGAGAGGCAGGCGGAAGGGCGGGUGGACGAGGAGGACGCGGACUCAGAGAUGGCCGACCUCGACCACACCCUCCACAACCCCCCCACGCCUACGCUCCUCUACACCCCCUCCACCAACCCGCUCGACACCCUCGCCAGCUGA